GGGGAGGGGGGAGAGUACAAAUAACAUGCAGAUCAGAGCAAAUGCACACUUUAUUUCCAUUAAGGUGUUCCACGUGUGACAUUCCUUCUCCAAAACACAGACAUGGCUCAAGCUCUGGACAUUGAUCGCUGGGACUUGGAGUGUGACUUCAACAACACAGACCAUUACACUGACCUCAAUGGCGUGGACCGCCUAAUUGUGAGGAGGGGCCAGCCGUUCAACAUCAGCUUAUAUCUUCGCUCAGGAAGCUACCAGCCAGGACUCAGCUCUCUGGAGUGCAUUGCCGAGACAGGUCCUCAACCUUCUGAACAAUAUGGCACCAGGGCCUCCUUCGGCCUGUCUGCCAACAUUGACACUUCUCGCUGGAGCGCGGCGGUCGUCAGCCCCCCCGGAGACACCGUGGCGCUGUCCCUCUGCGCCGCCCCCGAUGCACCCAUCGGACGUUACAUCCUGACCAUGGGACGCUCUGCGCGCAUUGAGUUCAUCCUGCUGUUUAACCCCUGGUGCUCAGGAGAUGCCGUAUAUCUGGACAAUAAGGAGAGUUUGGAAGAAUAUGUCUUGUCCCAGGAUGGCAUCAUCUUUCAAGGCGAUGUCAACCAUCCAAUAGCAACUCCGUGGAACUUUGGCCAGUUUGAAAGUGGAAUCCUGGAUGUGUGUUUGAGGAUUCUGGAUAUGAAUCCCAAAUGCCUGCGGAAUCCAGGCAAAGACUGUUCGGGCAGGAGGAAUCCCAUCUAUGUGUCCAGAGUUGUCAGUGCCAUGGUGAAUUGUAAUGAUGACAAAGGAGUUUUGCUGGGAAACUGGACAAAUGACUUUGACGGAGGAGUGAGCCCCAUGUUCUGGAAGGGCAGUGUGGAGAUUCUGCGUAACUGGCAAACACAAGCUUGUCAGCCUGUUCGUUUCGGACAGUGCUGGGUGUUCGCCGCUGUUGCCUGCUCAAUUUCCAGAGCUCUCGGCAUCCCCUGCAGAGUUGUCACCAACUACUACUCAGCCCAUGACGUCAACAGAAACCUGACGAUUGAGCGCUACGUCAACGAAAAUGGAGAACUCGUUCGAUCCAAAGAAAUGAUCUGGAACUACCAUUGCUGGGUGGAGAGCUGGAUGACCCGACCCGACCUAACUGGUUCUGCUUAUAAUGGCUGGCAAGCCAGCGACCCCACUCCUCAAGAAAAAAGUGACGGAGUGUUCUGCUGCGGGCCCAUCCCUGUCCGGGCCAUCAAGGAGGGUGAGCUCAUGUACAAGUAUGACGCCCCCUUUGUCUUUGCUGAAGUCAACGCUGACGUCAUCACCACCAUGAUGAAAAAAGAUGGCAGCACAUCCAAAGUUACCUCGACCCAAUUGGUGGGAAAGAAGAUCAGCACCAAAGGCAUUGGCAGCGACUAUAGAGAAGACAUCACUCAUCUCUACAAGCAUCCCGAAGGCUCUGAUGAGGAGCGCGAGGCCUUCAAGAAGGCCAACCACCAAAACAAGCUCCUGCAGACGAAGGAGAGCGAAGGCCUGAACGUGAGCAUCAAAGUGUCACCCGAGAUGAAGAAGGGUUGCGACUUUGAGGUGUUUGCUGUGGUUACCAACAACUCAUCGAGCGACAAGAAGUGCCGCUUGCUCUUUGGGUCCUGCGCCGUGUCCUACAAUGGCUUCCAGGGCGGGAACUGUGGCUUCAAAGAUUUGCUCAAUGUUGAGCUGUCACCUGGAGGAGCCAGGAAGGUUCCGCUAAGGCUCAACUAUUCAAAAUACGGUGGGCUGCUCACUGAGGACAACAUGAUCCGUUUGGCGGCUCUCCUGUUCGACUACGCCACCCGGGAAGCAACGCUGGCAGUGAGAAAUAUCGUGCUGGACAAUCCUGAAAUUCAAGUCCGAAUCCUGGGUGAACCCAAAGAGAAUCGCAAACUAGCGGCUGAGAUCACGCUAAAAAAUCCUCUGCCGGAGCCGUUGGAGAAUUGCUGCUUCAGCAUGGAGGGGGCCAACCUGACUGGAGGAAGGGUCAUCUCUGAGAGGCUACGCUCUGCAGUGGGACCUGGAGAAGACGCCAAGGUGAAAAUGUACUUCACGCCCACCCACAGUGGACUGAGAAAGCUGGUGGUCGAUUUUGACAGCAGCAAGUUGUGUCACGUCAAAGGCUACAAAAAUGUCAUCAUUGGGAAGUGAUCGGGCUGUACUAACAACACUUCCUCUUGGGGAGACAAAAGGAAAAGGAAGCCUUCGCCAUCUACCUUUAUUUUGCAUUGCAUGUAAAAUAUAUCGCCCGAUCUUUUUUUUUUUUCAGAGACAAAAUGUGUAAUGUGACCGAAGAAUUGUUUCACUCAAUUACACAAUAUUUUUGUACAUAAAAACGGCAUAUCAUUUUUAAACAUGCGUUUCUUUAAAAUGCUAAUUUGAAGACUGAUGUGGCAUGAUGUUUUUAAAAGUGCCAUUGCACGAGUUAAAAUUGCCUUUCGGUAUUUUUUUCCCCUUUGCACAAACAAUUUAAAGCAACCAAGAAUAAAUUAUGAUAGAGUGCAAUCUACAAAGAAGACAAGUCAUUCUGUGACUUCAACUGACUGAUGUUCAAAUGUCAAAACAAAGUGAAUGAAUUUGUUCCUGGCUCAAACUGGCAAAAGCGCUGUCGUCUGGCGUGGGAUGUCAUUUUACAUUAGCAUUUGCUACAUAUAAUCCAUUUGUGUACUGUAUAUGUAAUUAAAUGUGCAAACAGACUCUUUCCAAUGUUA